UCGACCAUGAUUGUCCCCAUCUCCUUCAACUCUCCUUCAACAUCCGCCGCUGCCACAAGCUAUCCUCUGCCACCGACCCUAGCGCGCAUCUCCCACGCCGAAGUUGUGCUGGUCGAACUGCAAGGCGCGCUCGAAAUCCAUUCCGCCAAACCGUCUGAGCGCGACGGGAAGCUUGUCGGUCGUCUUGGCAUCGACGAUGCGGGGAAAACGGCAACUCUGCGGAUUGGCCACCACCUUCUGGAGGGCAAGGUCGUGCAGCUCGCGAAGCCGCUCGCUGUUCUGCAGCGCGUUUUAGACGGCCAUAAAGAGGACAAUAUGGACGUGGACGGCGGUGAAGAGCAGCCUGCGCCGUCCGAAACACAGACGACAACCGGCUGGGAUGCGAUUGCACUGAUCAAGCGCAAAAUCGUGUUUUCAAAACGGCCCACGCCGAUAGUCGGGAGGCCAGCGUAG